AUGUCGAACAAGCGUUCCCGGGACCACGGCGGAGACGAAGCCGCAGAAGAGGACGAGCGCGCUUCGCGGCGUCCAAUCCUCGACGAGUCAUUCUUCGACCGUCCGAGUGAACCGACGUCGCGCACUGCCGAGGACUUGCUCGCGCAGGCCGAAACGCGCGCCGGAGUGACGAACGACGACGUCACUAACGAUGGUGACGGCUCCGCGGGCGCGAUCGACGCGAAACACGUGCGAAGGUUGGUGUUGGCGUUUGAGCGCGCGUACGCGGAGAACGUCAAGGCGCGGGCGAAAUACGGAAACGAACCUCGAAAAUUCGCAGAGAGCGAGAUCGAGCUGGAUUGCGAAGUGAAACGAUUGGGGACACUCGCGAGCGCGCCCGAGUUGUACGAAGAGUUGGUGAAGUUGAACGCAGUGCCUAGCAUGGUGGCGGUGUUGGGACACGAAAAUGAGGACGUCGUCGCCGACGCGUUGGAGGUUUUGAGAGAACUCACGGAUUCGGACGCAGUAGAGAGCGAUGAAAACGGAGGAAAGGCGCUGGCGACUGCACUGCGUGAGAGCGGUGGGUAUCAAGCGCUGUACGCGGCGUUGACACGGUUUGAGGACGCGAGUGGUAAACUAAAGGCGACGUCGAGCGAGACGUCGAACGCGGUGUCGUCGGUGUUGGGCAUCGUGGAGAACUUAGGCGAAAUCAUGGGCACUCAAGUCGAUGAUGCGAGCGGAGAGUCUAGUAAUAAGGCGCUAGAAGGGUUUUGCGAGGAAACCGACCUGUUGAAAUGGCUUUUGAAACGCGUUGAGAAGAAGCGUGACGUCGAUCAAAACAAGCUGUACGCUUCGGAAAUUUUAGCCAUCAUUUUACAAAGCAGCGCGAAAUGUCGCAAGCAGUGCGUGGAUAUGAAUGGUUUAGAGAGCCUAUUACAAGCGGCAUCGGCGUAUAAGAAGCGUGAGCCCGAGGACGACGGCGAAAAGGAGCUCGUUGAAAAUUUAUUUGAUGCUAUAUGCGCCGUCGCCAUGGUUCCCGAGAACAAGGCGCAAUUUGUCGAGUUUGAGGGCGUUGAACUCAUGUUAAUAUUGCUUAAUGGAACGCGCGGGGACGCAAAAAAGACGAGCUUUGCGUCACUUCCUGCGCUGAAGUGUUUGGAUUACGUGUUGAGCGGGAACAAAGACGCGUGUAAUCGCUUCAUAGACGGUCUCGGGUUGAAGAGUUUGUUCUCCAUCUUUAUGGGACGCAACGCGAAAGCGGUUCGCAAGACGUUCGGUAACGAAGCCGCGCUCGAGCAACAAACGCGUUCGAGCAGCGUCAUCUGCUCGCUGUUCAAGCACGUCGACAACACCGAUCGCCGCGACAGGCUUUGCGCGAAAUUCGUCGAACAAGACUACGCCAAGUGUGACCGACUCGUAGAGCUUUGGGUGGAAUUCGCCAAACGCGUGAGCGCGGAGCAAGCGCGUCUGGAAAACGUCGACGAAGAUCUCGGCAUCGAUCUCACCGAAGAGGAAGAGUAUCUUCAAAAGCUUGACGCCGGUUUGGCCACCCUCGAGCACCUCACGUUGGUCUUCGCCCACCUCUGGGCAACCGACCACGCGCCGAUCAUGCGCCGGCUCUACCUCGACGCCUCGCAAAACGCCAUCGCGUUAUCUGAUUUGCGCGACAUCCUCCGCCAACACGCGCAUCACGUCGGCGAUUCCGCCGGCGAUUCUGCGCGUGAAGGCACCGUGCGCGCCAUUCUCAGCGUCUUACCGUACGCCCCCGGCGAACGCGAGCAAAGUUAA